AUGGGAAUAAAGGCAUUACUCCCCUUUUUGUCAACUAUAAUCCACAAAACUCCUCUUGCAAAUUUUCGGAACAAACGCGUUGCAAUAGACGGAUAUGCGAUACUACAUAGAGUGGCAACAAGAAACGCGAAAAGAUUACUUUUACAACACGACACCGCAUUUUUGGUCCAAGGGGUAAUGGAGUUCGUCACAUUUUUUAAGACACAGGGUAUCAUACCGUUAUUUGUGUUUGACGGAGCAACACUCCCAGCUAAAAUGAAGACAGAGGAGGCACGACAACUCAAGAGACAACAAGCUUUAGAGAACGCGAAACAAUUGGACAAAGAGGGGAAAGACACAAUGGCACUCAGUUUUUACAAGAAAGCUAUUGACAUCACCCCCAAAAUGGCCUUUGACGUCAUUAAUGAGUUACGCCGAUCCAAUGUAGAGUAUGUAGUUGCGCCGUAUGAAGCCGAUGCCGAAUUGGCUUAUUUAAGUCGGACUGGAUAUGUCGAUUUAGUUGUGUGUGAAGAUAGUGAUUUGAUACCAUACGGGAGCACUGCUAUUCUCUUUAAAAUGAACGUUGGGGAAGGUGUGGCGGAUUUGUAUAAGGCAGCAGAUUUACCACUUUCGCCAUUUGGGAGUAAUGUCUCCCUCUUUCUUGUGCAGAUAGUAUGUGUUGUGGCUGGAUGUGAUUACUUUGAGGGGAUAGAAGGUAUUGGGAUGAAAAAAGGAUUGGAGAUGCUGAAGAAGUGUAAGACCGAGAAGGACGCGGUGUUUGAGAUCAAGAAAAAGAAGAAGAUGUCUGGCGAUGAGGCGUUGCAAGUACAACAGAAAAUCAGAGAAGCACUUUUUACAUUCAAUCACCAAUAUGUUUAUGAUAUUGAAGACAAAUUGAUUGUUAAUUUAACUGAAAUAGAGGCGAGUGAAAGAACGUUGUUUGAUGAUACCACCAUUGAAAAGGUAUUGGGAAAGAAAUUUAGUAAUGACAUUGGGAAAAAGAUAGCGAUCGGAAGUAUUGAUCCGAACACUCUUGAGAUUUUUGGCGAUAUCAAAAGUACAGGAAACACCCCGAAGAAAGCAACUGUUGAGACACAAACACGGAAUAUUGCGAUGCUCCUACAAAGAGUCAAAGAAAAACAAAAUGAAGAAGUCGACGAGAAAGGGUGUACAAAUGAAGAAGAAAACGUGAACGAAAAAGUUGAGGCAAAUGUUUUGGACGGGGACUUUUUGGUAGAAGAAGAGAAGAAGGACGAUACUUACAAAAGCAUGCUGAAUAGUGUGUUGAUCGACGGAGACCCAUUUGAAAACGUCGACGAGUUCGUUCUCGAAAAUGAAGAGUUGAUCAACACAAGAAAGAGGGAACCUACAGAUCCCGUCACGACAAGCAACUUUAUUGGGAAUGAGAAGUUGUCGAUUGACAGCUUCCAGCCGUUAAGAAAAUAUGAUUGA